AGUAGUUCCUUUGCUUCGUAGAACCAAUCCCAAUAAUCAAUAUUCCUGGUCCGUGGUUGUCAUUUGCAAAGAACAUGGGUGUCAACUCUAAUAGAGUGGAACACUUUGCAUGUCCAGAAACCAAUCUGAUAAUUCCGGCAGAGUUGGUAGCAAUGCCACCGUUGCAAAUCCACAAAGUUUGCUUGCCACCAGAGCAAAGCACUUUCCAGAAACUAAAGCACAGGGUCUCCGAGAUCUUUUUCCCUGAUGACCCACUUUACAGAUUCAAGAACCAGACAUGGUUCAUGAAGUUGAUUCUGGCUCUUCAGUUUCUGUUCCCUGUAUUCCAGUGGGGGUCUGAGUACAAUGUUAGUCUUCUGAGGUCCGAUGUCAUAUCUGGUCUGACAAUUGCUAGCCUGGCCAUCCCACAGGGAAUCAGUUAUGCAAAGCUUGCCAAUUUGCCACCAAUAGUGGGGCUAUAUUCAAGCUUUGUGCCCCCAUUGAUAUAUGCCAUACUUGGAAGUUCUAGACAUCUUGGAGUUGGUCCUGUCUCAAUAGCAUCUUUGGUAAUGGGAUCAAUGCUGAGCGAGGUAGUCUCUCCUGGAGAAGAGCCAAUUCUCUAUCUUCAAUUGGCCUUUACUGCCACCUUCUUUGCUGGUUUAUUUCAGACUUCUCUUGGUCUUUUAAGGUUAGGAUUUAUAAUUGAUUUUCUCUCAAAGGCAACACUAGUUGGGUUUAUGGCUGGUGCAGCAGUCAUUGUGUCAUUGCAACAGCUGAAAGGAUUGCUCGGAAUUGUCCACUUUACUAGCAAAAUGCAAAUUAUUCCAGUCAUAUCCUCUGUUUUGAACCAGAAAGAUGAGUGGUCGUGGCAAACCAUUGUCAUGGGUUUUGGUUUCCUCCUUUUUCUGUUGACUACAAGGCAUAUUAGCAUUAGGAAACCAAAGCUAUUUUGGGUCUCAGCAGCAGCCCCAUUAACGUCGGUUAUUCUUUCAACCCUGCUAGUUUUCCUCCUCAAGUCUAAGGCACACGGAAUUCCAGUCAUUGGCCACUUGCCAAAAGGCGUUAAUCCUCCUUCACUAAACAUGCUAUACUUCAGUGGCCCCCAUCUUGCUGUUGCUAUUAAAACUGGCAUUGUGACUGGGAUCUUAUCUCUCACUGAAGGAAUUGCCGUGGGGAGGACAUUUGCUGCUCUGAAAAACUACCAAGUGGACGGAAAUAAAGAAAUGAUGGCUAUUGGUAUCAUGAACAUUGCUGGUUCAUGCUCUUCAUGCUAUGUUACUACAGGAUCAUUUUCUCGAUCUGCUGUAAACUAUAACGCUGGAGCUCAAACAGCAGUGUCCAAUAUAAUCAUGGCUUCAGCUGUGGUUGUGACUCUAAUGUUUCUCAUGCCACUGUUUUAUUACACUCCAAAUGUCAUCUUAGCGGCCAUCAUCAUAACAGCCGUGAUUGGACUAAUCGAUUAUCAAGCAGCAUACAAAUUGUGGAAAGUUGACAAACUUGAUUUCAUGGCCUGUUUGUGUGCCUUUCUCGGUGUUCUUUUUGUUUCAGUGCCACUGGGUCUUGCCAUCGCGGUUGGAGUCUCUGUUUUCAAGAUUCUCUUGCAUGUCACCAGGCCAAACACCAUGAUUUUAGGGAAUAUCAUGGGUACUCAAGUAUACCAAAACCUCAUCCGGUACAGAGAAGCUUCAAGGGUCCCUUCCUUUCUCAUUCUUGCUGUUGAAUCUCCCAUCUACUUUGCAAACUCAACUUACCUGCAAGAAAGGAUAUUAAGAUGGAUUCGGGAGGAGGAAGAAUGGAUAAAAGCAAAUAAUGGGAGUCCAUUGAAAUGUGUAAUUUUAGACAUGACAGCUGUGACAGCCAUAGACACAAGUGGUAUUGACACAAUCUGUGAAAUCAGAAAGAUGCUGGAGCAAAAAUCACUCAAGCUUGUGUUGGCAAAUCCGGUUGGAUCAGUGACGGAAAAGCUUGAUAAGUCGGAAAUCUUGGAGACCUUCAGGUUGAAUGGACUCUAUCUCUCUGUUGGAGAAGCUGUGGCCUAUAUAUCGUCCUUGUGGAAGGCUUAGCUAAGCCAUGCCUUACAAAAGGGCUUCUGCAGGAUAAUGGAAAAGAAACGAAGUCAUUGCAAACACUAGCAGCAGAUCUUGGCAGCCUAGGAAGAGUUCUUGUGAGAGGUCUCAGGAGUCAGGAGAGGAAUUUUAAUUUUUUUUUUUUGGCUAGUUUCGCUUGUGAAUUUUCAUCUUUCUUCAUCUUCCAUUUUACUGGAAAAGAGGAUAUAACCAUGCUCUUCGCAGAAGAAAUUCUGAGGUUCAAAUUUUUACAUUUCCCCAAAAAGAUGCCAAAAAAUAAAAUGAUAUUGGCCUGCAACUAGAAAGACUCGGUAAUAAUAAGGACAAUG